UUUGCCUCGUGCAGCGUUGAGUCGCAGAGAAUAUACCCAACGUCUCGCAUUUCAACACCUUCGCAAUGGCCUCGAUCGCCCGCCAGUCUUCCCUCCUCCGGCAGUCCUGCCUCUCUGCUUUCCGCUCGCCAUUCGCGACCAGAAAUGGCGCCGGCGUGUCGCAGGUUGUGGCCUUCCAUGCCUCCGCGAAGAAGCAGAUCCUGCCUCCUUUGCCUCAGACCAUUCAGGGAACGAUGAACGACGCUGCUCCCAUCCCCGCCCCUCACCCCUCGGAGGGAAGCUACCACUGGAGCUUUGAGAGAGCCAUCGCUGCCGGUCUUGUCCCUCUCACCAUUGCGCCCUUCGCUGCCGGCUCUCUCAACCCAGUCAUGGACGCAGUCCUUUGCUCUUUCAUCGUUCUCCACUCCCACAUUGGAUUCCAGGCUGCCAUCAUUGAUUACUUCCCCGCUCGCCGUGUCCCCAAGACCGCCACAUUCUGCAACUGGCUCCUGCGCGCCUUCACUCUUACCACUGCCGUCGGUCUGUAUGAGUUUGAGACCAACGACGUUGGUGUAACAGAGGCUUUCAAGAGGGUGUGGAAGGCAUAGAUCGUUGCAUUGAUAUAUCCCUGUUUCUCAUUACUUUCUCUUUAAACUUUCCUUCCGUUCAGGCGUUUUGCCUAUGUACAUGCUGUUUCUGUUAAAGUAAACCAGUCCAGCUGGUUGGCGCUCUUGGUAUUGAGCUAAAAGAUAUGUAACUGUUCAAAUGGAUACUGUUGGAAAAU